AUGGCUUCCGACGACUCCCUACCAACACUCAAGAUCCUCCUCAUCGGGCCCUCCAGCGCUGGGAAAUCAGCGUUGUUGAUGAGAUAUUGCGAGGAUGUCUUUGAGCCUGAAUCAGCAACCGCAACUAUCGGGAUAGAUUUCAAAAUAAAGAAACUCUCCGUCAGGGGGAAGGCAUACCGCUUGACGCUCUUUGAUACCGCCGGCCAAGAGCGCUUCCGCACGCUCUCAACCUCCUACUACCGCGGUGCGCAUGGCGUCAUCCUCGUCUACGACGUCUCGUCCAGGACGUCAUUUUCCUCCAUGGAGAGGUGGUUCGACGAGGUUGAGAUGAACACCGUCCCCGGCGUGGCGCUGUACCUGGUCGGGGCCAAAAUUGACAAGCCCCGGUCCGUGUCCACGGCGGAGGGCCAGGCGCUGGCCGAGGCCCACGGCGCGAAGUUCUGCGAGGUCAGUGCGAAGACGAGGGAGAACGUGAGGAAACCCUUCGUCGAGAUCGUAGACACCGUCGUGAGCCAGCCGGACGUGAUGAGAGCGGCGGAUAGUGGGAACAAGGGGACGGUUACGGUGGGCGAGGAUGCCGCGGCCUCGUCGUGUUCAUGCUAA